UUCUUUGGCUUUUUUUUGUCAUGUUUUACAUUGAUGCCAGAUGAUAUUUUCUUUUGGUGUUGGUGUCUAAUGUGGCAGAUAAUGUUGUUUUAUUCUGGUGGGACAAGAUGGGCUUCCGUCUAGAGCUUUCCGUUUGAUCUUUGUAAUGCUCAAUAGAAACGACCUUCAUCAGUGUUGCCAACUGAGAGGCUAUACGUAGAAAUCGGUAUUUUUUAUGAGUGUGCCUGUUCUGCUCCUGUCCCUUUGCACCUUUGGUGGUAGUGGUAGUAGUAUUUUGGAGACCACACACCGCCCUCUGUCACGUCCAUCGUUCCGCUCUCGACCGUCAGUCGGUGCAGUGAAAGAAAAGUCAUGGCACAAAAAUACGUCUUGUUUCCCGUGUGUUGUUCGAGUGUAUUGGUGGGUACACUACGUUUCGCCCUAGAAUGUGUAUUAUUUGAGACUGCUGCGAUGGUAUUGGUGAAUUCGUUCAGAUGCGGCACAAUCGCUACGCUCUCACCGCACACUCAAUGUUUACACUAUCCGUACAAUGUUGGACCUGAAGCAGUCGUGUUGGUGUGGGAUCUGUUUGUGAGUUGACGGACAGAAUUCACAACGCACACUGACGACCGAUCAGAGUGGCGACGAGAGUGCGAAGAUUUUGACGUUGCCGUGUCUUUUUUUUUUUUCGUUCGACAAGUCCGAAGACGACUGAUCGAUUCUUCCGAGCGAUCCUGGGAUCGCAUAGUAGUAACGAGGUUGCUUGCUGGAAGGAACCUGGGUGCUAAGAUUUAAAAUUGAUUAAAACUUCGAACAAUUGCCUUUCCACCCGUAACAUGCAACAUACACUCGUGCACACGAGGAGGGCGUAUGAGUCAUAUAUUUCCCAUCAUCAGCAGAAUUAGCAGUCGACCGAAGUCGUCGUCUACGGGCAGACUGUGGUGUGUAUGAGGGGUUGCUCGAGCACAGGAAAGUUGCAGAAGAAAAAGAAAAAACUACGGUGUAGUGCAGUGAUUUCGGGGUGCCACCACCUGAUUACGACGGCGACGACGACGACGACGACGUUGAGUUUGUGAAAUUGCAGUUCCAUCGAUUUAGAGGUAGUGCAUGCAGCCAGAUACCGAGUAGAGGAAAACCUUCGACAGUGUGGAUGUCUACUACCAUCCAUCCAAACAGGACGAAUAGAGAAAAAGAAACGAAAAAACUGGUGUGAAUUUGGAACGAAGUGGAACUCGCUAGAAAAUGGCUUCCACUUAUUAGUGUACCGUGCCGUGUGUGUUUUUUAUUUCGUAUUCGCAGCGAAGAAAAACCGAUGAAGAACAGUGCAAAAAAUAAUAUGUGAGGGUUUUCCUCCGAAGAUCGAUUGAUGAAACUGUGUGAAGCUAGAGAGAAAAAAAAAAUAUGGACUUUGGGUAAAAGCAAUCAACUGUGUUGUGUUACGUGCUCGAAAUAAAAGAAGAAAUAGUUAUAAAAUCCAAGGACUGUGACAAACGAGAAAAAUUUAGUGCAGUGCAGUCGGUUCGAACAAAAAGAGUGUGGAACUGACAGGACGACGAGUGUGGAAGAGUGUGAAAAUUUUAAAUCGAUCGAGACGACCGAAAAGGAACAAGAAGUCCACGUUAGAUAUAACCAAUAAGUAGAAGAAGCCAAAAGUACUGCUGGCUGGCUGGUGUGUGGAAGAAGCUAACAGGCAAACAGAUCUCUCGGUGCUCUCUGAGGCUGCCGCCGAUGAGAUGGUGAAUCGCUGUGAAAAAGUGGAGCUGCUGUUAGACAAGGUUGACUCAUUCCCACUAGAUCAGCAAUCGAUCGAAAUUCCAGAGACCGAGUGCUCGGAUAGCUGCGAGAACGACGUCGACAUGGAUGAGUCGGACAGCUGCGACAACGAUGCUGACGAUAAUGAGGAUUCCGAAGACGACGAGGAGGACGACGAUGAUAUCCACAGUACGGUCGUGACGGGCAAGUUCCUGCUGGAAAACGACGACGAUAUGGAUCACGAGAGCGGAGGUGGCGGCGGUGGCGGAGGCGGUGGUACCCACGACAAGAAAGCCCGCCUCGAAGCCUUGCUGGAAGCUGCAGAUGAAGCAGCUCAAGCUCUCACCCGCAUGCGUUCCAGCGAAGGUGGUGGAAGUCCGCGAGACAAGAAAAAUGCUCUUCGUAAUUUCAGCUUGCUCUCGCGCUCGCUGCUCGCCGCCUGUACCGACAACGAUGUCAACACCGUUCGGCGGCUACUGGGCGAGGGCAACUCGCUGAACGAAGCCACCGACGACGGGGACUCGCUGCUGUCGUUGGCCUGUUCCGCCGGGUACUACGAGCUGGCACAGGUUCUGCUGGCGAUGUCGGCCCAAGUUGAGGAUCGAGGCCACAAGAACGAUCUGACGCCACUGAUGGAAACGGCCUCGGCCGGCCAUGUGGACAUCAUCAAACUGCUGCUGAAGCACGGUGCCGAUGUGAACGCCCAGUCGUCCACCGGCAGUACACCGCUGAUGUUUGCAUGUGCAGGAGGACACGAGGAGGUGGUCAAGGUGCUGCUGGAUCAUGGGGCUAACGUCGAAGACCACAACGAGAAUGGGCACACACCGCUCAUGGAGGCAGCCUCGGCCGGACACGUGGGAGUGGCAAAGAUCCUUCUGGAGCAUGGAGCCGGCAUCAAUACGCACUCGAACGAGUUCAAGGAAAGUGCACUGACGCUGGCCUGCUACAAGGGUCACUUGGACAUGGUCCGGUACCUUCUGGAGGCUGGUGCUGAUCAGGAGCAUAAAACUGAUGAAAUGCAUACAGCGCUGAUGGAAGCGUCGAUGGACGGCCACGUGGAGGUAGCCCGGCUGCUGUUGGACUCCGGUGCCCAGGUCAACAUGCCGACGGAUUCGUUUGAGUCUCCCCUGACGCUAGCGGCUUGCGGAGGUCAUGUAGAUCUGGCGAUGCUCCUGAUCGAGCGCGGUGCCAACAUCGAAGAGGUCAACGACGAAGGCUACACCCCGUUGAUGGAAGCGGCGAGGGAGGGUCAUGAGGAGAUGGUGGCAUUACUAUUACAACAAGGUGCGAAUAUUAAUGCUCAAACCGAGGAAACUCAAGAAACUGCCCUAACGCUUGCAUGCUGCGGAGGCUUCGUGGAGGUGGCCGACUAUUUGAUUAAGCAUGGCGCAGACAUUGAGUUAGGCGCGUCUACCCCCUUGAUGGAAGCGGCUCAGGAAGGUCACAUCGACUUGGUGCGUUUUCUGCUGGAGAACCGAGCGGAUGUGCACGCCCAGACGCAAACCGGCGACACGGCUCUGACCUAUGCUUGUGAGAACGGGCACACCGAGGUGGCGGACAUUCUACUCUACUACGGGGCGGAACUGGAACACGAGUCGGAGGGAGGCCGGACGCCUCUUAUGAAAGCAUGCCGUGCUGGUCAUUGGUGUAUCGUGAAGUUCCUUAUCGAGAAGGGGGCGGAUGUGAAUCGGCAUACAACCAACAAUGAUCACACUCCGCUGUCCCUGGCAUGUGCCGGUGGUCACCAGAACAUUGUGGAACUGCUGCUCAAAAAUGGAGCUGAUCCGUUCCAUAAGCUGAAGGACAACAGCACGAUGCUGAUUGAGGCUGCCAAAGGAGGCCACAUCGGCGUCGUUCAACUUCUGUUGGACUUUCCGCAUUCGUUGAUCAGUGCCAACACGGCGGCACAACAGAACCUUCUGAACAAUGGCCAAAUCCAGCUUCAAGCUCAGCAACAGCUUCAGCAGCAACAGCAGGCAGCCCAGCAGCAGCAGUUGAUUAUCACCCAGAAUCAACAGCAGCAGCAACUGCUUGCGGCUCCGCCUGGUUUGCACGAGGUUCCGGAAUCAAUCCGGGUCACCAACAAGCAAAUGUUCCAGCAGCAUCCAGCCAAAGAUGGCCUCGAUCAGCAGCAACAGCAACAACAACAGCAGCAGCAGCAGCAACUGUUGGCAAACAACCAGAUGCUCGCCAAUUCGAACGUAUUCCUCGAUGGUAACAUAGCUUCAACCGAUCCUUCGAUCCUCACCCAGAUGCGGCUGAUCCAGAUGCAAGGCUUCAAAGACGGUCUAGCGCAUGGUCUAUCGCGAGCACCUGGCCAACAACCACAGCAACAGCAGCAGCAGCAACAACAACAAGCUAUUCUAUCGCAGCAAAUCCCAUCCCACUUAGCAGCUGCCCAGCAGCAACAGCAACAACAACAACAACAGCAGCAGAUUAUCCUCCAAGGUACCAACAAUGCUACCGUUGUCCAACAGCAACAACAAACCACUGGUGUCGCUGGUGUUCCCGUAGGUAAUAAACAGCGAAGCUUGCUAAGGAAGAAGCAACAACCAACGUCCACUGCGGCGGCCGGAUCGGCUGUAGUUUCCCAGCAGCAGCAGCAGCAACCUUCGCCGUUUGAGGCAAAUCUCACCAGCUCGGAAGCGCAACAGGUACGCAGCGAACCCAUCGGCGAAGACAAUGGUGGAGGCGGCCAACAGCAACAACGGGCAGGUGUGGUAAUGCGCUCCGAUUACGAAGUGCAAUACCAGAAACAGAUGCGGGAAAUGUACCAGAAGUCACAAAAAGCCAACAUCCAAUUCAUCUGCGAUUCAAAUGGUCCACCACCAACGCUGUUACCACCCACGGGAACCUACAUCGAUAUCACCACCCCAGCUCAAGGAUUGAUCUGUGGCACUGCUGGUGGCAUGAGCUUUGCCGCACCGAAUGGGACACCGUUGCUAGGGCCAAUGCCGACGGGAGGCGGCGGCGUUGGUCAGCAGCAAGUUCCGACGAGCGGUCUUGCCAACAUCGUUUCGGCAGGAGGAAAGCCGUCUGAUAGUGGUCUAGUUAUAGCUACAUCAUUGCCAACCGCACUUCAGCAGCAACAGUUGCAACUGACAACGACAAUAGCUUCCUCAAGCACGACGGUUCCUUCUAGUGCAGCAGCAGCAGCAGUGGCAACAACAACUGCGAAUACCGCGUCGUCCGGAAGUGGAACCCUUUUGACGGGCCCGUCGGAGGUAUCCCAAAGCACGGCCAUCAGCGAUCGACCCAAGGUGAAACCGGUCUCGAAAAAGGAUGCCAAGAAUAACCGUAAAUCUGCCGCCGCCGCCGCAGCAGCAGCAGCAGCCGCUGCUGCAGCCCAACAACAACAACAACAACAGCAGCAACAAGCCCAGCAAUCGAUUUGGCCAAAUACGGCCAACGUCCUCCAGCAGAAUCAAAUGGUGUCAAUUUACAACAACUUGUCUGUGAUUCCAACCUCCGAACAGAAUGUUCAAGUACUACAGCAGUCGCUGUCAAACCUUAGCCUCCAGUCACCAGCAGCAGCAGCAGUAGCAGGCUCAGCGACUAGCUCGGGAGUGGGAAGCACUCAGCAACAGUUAACCAUUUCAGUGUCGCAGGGCACCAGCAACAACAACAACAACAACAACAGCGCCCAGCAGCCAUUGAUUGCCGGCAAUCGAAUCAGCCUUGGCUCGACUAAAACAGCGUCGAUUCCAUUGAGCAACAACAUUGUUCCUACGCCCAGUAUGGUGAUUACCAGUGCCGCUGCAGGUGCAGCCGGAACGGUCACCUCGGUGCCAGCGAAUGUAAUUCAAACCCGAAAUAAUCUAAUCAGGCUUGACCAGCAAACGCUAGAACUAGCAAAUUCCACUUCACCGUUUGCGACCGCAACGAGCACUGCCACCAGUAGCGCUGCCAGCAGCCAGAGUGAUGUAACCAUCCCGGAGAUCGGCAGCAGCAGCAGUAGCAGUGCCAGCGGAAGCAGCAGCAGCGAUAGUAGCAGUAGCAGCAGCAGUUCUAGCUCCAGUGGAAGUGGCAGCACAACGACUACCACUAGCAGCAACAACAGUGGCGGUACGGCGGCCAGUGGAACUGGUGUCGUCGGAGGUGGUGGUGGUGGUGUUGGUGGUGGCGGUGGUGCUGGUGGAGGUGCCAGCAGCAGUGGAAAUAGCUCCGAACACGAAAACCAACUCAACCAGCUCGCCCUAAAUACCCUAUGCAAUCAGAAAAUGUUGCAGAAAAUCGCUCAACGCUUCAUGGUGGACCCGCCAAAGUCUCCGCCGGAUACGCCUCCGCUUAGCUGCGCCAAUCCGGACGGACCUUCCUCGCCACCGCCCAGUGGUAAGGGACUAGCAAACAACGCCGAACUAGCCGACUUGUCGCGCAUAUUCUGCGAAGUGAUGCACGACUUCCGUUCCGACCUGCUGCCCACGCCGGAGUUUGUCCAAGUGCAUCAGCAUGUAUCUAAUAUCAUUCAGCACAAAGCUGGUAGUAAUCAAAUUAAAAUCAGCGAAGGCGACGGGCACCAUCAGUACGUGGAGGACGGAGACGAACACCUGCAGAUGUUCAACAUUGACGAUUCGGAGAAUGAAACCAUGUCCGAGUGCGUCGGCGGGAUCUAUCCCACGUUGGACGAGUCGCUGGAGACAUUCAACCCGGAGGACGGGUCGGUAGUUGCUGCAGAUGGUUCGAGGGAAACGAUCUACAACUACGAAUGGGUCGAGUGUAUCGACGAGGUAAUUCACGCGCUGAACGGGUGCACCGACAUACCGGUGGCUUUGCAGGAAAUGGCAGCCAACCUCAGUUGCCAGGAUAUCGAUGCGUACGCCAACCUCAUCGGGAUGAACUCGUUCUGCAAGACGCGCUGGGCGGGCAACCAAAGUCAGCUCACUCCGUCCGGCACGUCUUCGCCCAUCGAGGACGACGGCAGCACCAUCAACCUGUCCGAGGCAACUGCAGAGCAGUGUGCCGCCUUUGCCGCAGGCCAAGCCGCCGCCGGUCGACUGAUGACGUUCGAUGCCAACCAACAAAUAUCGCUCGACCAGCUACAGCUGCUCAGUCAACUACAGGCAGCUACCGCCCCCGGAGCGACCGUAUUGCAUCACGCGGCUACAGCCGGUGGGGCACCAGGUGCUCCCGGAGCAACCACUGCCGAUGGCCAGCAGCCCAAGUUUGUGUUCAACGUGGACGCAGACAAGGCAUCGCAGGUGCAUUUGCUCUUUCAACUGCCGACAGCCCAACAGCAGCAACAACAGCAGCAGCAGCAACAACAACAACAACAACAGCUGCAACUUACCCAGGAACAGCUGGAUCAACACGCGCUCGCCGCUGGUCAAUGUAAUGUGACGCUCCAGCAGGCAGCCGCUUUGCAACAGGCCCAGUUGCAACAGCAGGCAGCCGCUGCCGCAGCAGCAACCGCAGCGGCUUAUCAACAACAGCAACAAUUCCAGUCGCCAAAUAUCGUUCAUCCCAGUUCUGUGAUUCUGGCUCAGCAACAACAAGCACAGUCCGCGCAACAGCUACAGCAAUUGCAUGCCCAGGCCCAGGCAGCACAUUGCACCCAGCAUGCGCAGGUACAGGUUGCAACGCAAACUCAACAGCCCCAAACCGGUGGACUGUUGAUCCCUCGUCAGCAGAGCCCACAGACGGUCGAUACGGCAACCUCCACCAAGAAGAAGAGCGAAAAGUCCAGGAAGGAGAAGAAUCGAAUUGCUGGUGUCCGCCAAGCCCCAGCCGGUCAGCAAAGUGCUACGGCCGGAGGGUACCAGUUCGAGGCAACUCCUGCACCAGCACCGAUUCAAUACCCGGCCGGAGUACCAACCAACGUGGUUCAGGAGCGUCAAAUCGACGUGGACUCCGAAACCGACUCCAAUCACGACACUGCCCUAACGCUUGCUUGUGCCGGCGGUCACGAAGAACUGGUGGAACUUCUGAUCAGUCGAGGUGCGAAUAUAGAACACAAGGACAAGAAGGGUUUCACUCCUUUGAUCCUUGCAGCCACGGCUGGUCAUGAAAAGGUCGUGGAAACGUUGCUUCGACAUGGCGCAGAAAUGGAAGCCCAGUCGGAACGUACGAAAGACACUCCCCUGUCGUUGGCCUGUUCCGGCGGACGGUACGAAGUGGUGGAACUGCUUCUAAAUAUGAACGCCAAUCGAGAGCACCGAAAUGUGUCCGAUUACACACCUCUUAGUCUGGCCGCAAGCGGAGGAUACGUGAAUAUCAUCAAACUUCUGCUCAGUCACGGUGCGGAAAUCAACUCUCGAACCGGCAGCAAGUUAGGAAUCUCUCCGCUUAUGCUGGCAGCAAUGAACGGCCAUACGGCAGCUGUGAAAUUGCUCCUGGACAUGGGAUCCGACAUCAAUGCCCAGAUCGAAACGAACCGGAACACGGCCCUAACGUUGGCAUGCUUCCAGGGACGUCACGAGGUCGUCAGCUUGUUGCUCGAUCGCAAAGCGAAUGUUGAGCAUCGAGCUAAGACCGGAUUGACCCCGCUAAUGGAAGCCGCUUCCGGUGGGUACAUCGAAGUGGGUCGUGUCCUGCUGGACAAGGGUGCCGAUGUAAAUGCCGCUCCAGUUCCUUCCUCGCGUGAUACUGCUCUGACAAUUGCCGCCGACAAGGGGCAUCUGAAGUUUGUCGAGCUACUCCUUUCGCGAGGUGCCGCCGUAGAGGUGAAGAAUAAGAAGGGCAACUCACCGCUCUGGUUAGCGGCCAACGGUGGACACCUGACGGUGGUGGAAGUGCUCUGCAAUGCCGGAGCUGACAUCGAUUCGCAGGAUAACCGCAAAGUGUCCUGUCUGAUGGCUGCCUUCCGCAAAGGACACACCAAGGUGGUCAAGUGGAUGGUCAAUCACGUUACCCAGUUCCCCUCGGAUCAAGAAAUGACCCGAUACAUCAAUACGAUAAGCGACAAAGAACUGCUAGAAAAGUGUCACGAUUGUGUGAAGGUGAUCCGAGCCGCCAAGGAUCAGCAGGCAACCAAAGCGAACAUCAAUGCUUCGAUCCUGUUGAAGGAACUCGAUUUGGAGCGCAGCAGGGAAGAAAGUCGCAAGGCGGCUGCGGCGAAGCGUCGCGAACGAAAGAAGCGCAGAAAGGCCGAGAAGCGCGAACAGCAGCGGAAACUCGUCGAGGGCGACAAACCGUUGGAUAACAGUGAUGACGAUGACGACGGGGACGAUGAUAAGGAUGACGAUGACAGCGAUCGGGACGAUGAUGAGUUGAUCACGACCGUUGUGCAUCAAGUGUCCAAUCGUGUCGCAGUUGCUAGCAGAGUGCAGCCUCGGGAUCAUCACAGUGCGACUACAACUGCCACGACUACCACCGCCGCCGCCGCCACCACCACCAACACCACUAGCAAUAGCUCCAACAACGACCGAGAGGAGGGUGAUUCCGGUAUUGAUGCCAAUAGUCAGGGUUCUUGUUCGAGUUCGGAUGUCAAAUCGUCUGCCUUGAUUGAGCAGCAGAAACGGAACAACAAGAAACGCAAACAACAACUGCAGCAACAGCAGCAACUUCAGCAGCAGCAAGCACGACUCAAUGUCAUCAAACAGCAGCAGCAGCAGCAACAACAGCAACAGCAGCAACAACAACAGCAACAGCAGCAGCAGCAACAACAGCAACAGCAGCAGCAGCAGCAGCAGCAACAACAGUAUGCUAGCCAUCAACAGAAUCGUCAGAGUAAGAGUCCGGAUAGUACCGCCACCACGGCGACUACCCUGGCCAGUAACACUAGUUAUGUGGUUCAGGAUAAAAACCAAUACCAGCAGCAGCAACAACAACAGCUACAACGAGAAAGGGAUAAACUUGUUGCUGGUCAGCAGCAGCAACAGCAACGUCGUCAUCAGCAGCAGCAACUUCAGCAACAGUUGCACUACGAAAACAGCCACAAACGGGAGAAAACCGUCGAAAAGGAGAAUGUGGCUCCCAAGGAAGUCGCGCUUCACAAGAAUGAAUCGAAAAAGGAUCACCAUCACCAUCAUCAUCCACAUCAGCAACCGCAGCCGCAGCAGCCACAGCAGCAACAACAACAACAAUCGAACUACGCCCAGCAGCAACAGCAGCAGCAGCAGCAACAGCAAGGGAAUCGUAAGUCUAUCAUCGUCUUCGGCAAUCGACAUGCUGCAGCAGCAGCUGCUGCCGCCGAGAAGGACGAUCAUGACACCAGCGAAUCGACCACCUUCUACAGCAAUCUGAAGAAGAAUCAUUCGAACAACAAGACUACUACGUACUACCACAGUGAAGAUCAGCUGCAGAAAUCGACCAGCCCCACUAAGCAAACGAGCAGCGGUGGCGGUGGCGGCCAGCAGAUUGGUGGUGUGAUGUUGUCCAACAACGCGGUGUCCGCUGUGAAGCGCGAGGAGGGCUGGAAGGAGGUCGUCCGCAAGAGUUCCGUUCAGCAGAGCCAAUCGGCAUCGGUCAUGGAAUGUAAGAAGGUCCAAGUGCCAGUGCAUGCAAUCUCCCGCGUCAUCGGCCGUGCCGGAAGCAACAUCAAUGCGAUCCGUGCGGCCACCGGUGCCCACAUUGAGGUGGAAAAGCAAGGCAAAGUCCAAGGCGAUCGAUCAAUCACAAUCAAGGGUUCGCUGGAAGCCACCAAGCAAGCCCACACACUGAUUGCCACACUAAUCAAAGAUCCCGACGUAGACAUUCUACAGAUGCUUCCGAAACACAACACUGCCACCAGCAAAACCAUUUCCUCUUCCUCCUCUUCUUCGUCGUCUUCGUCUUCAUCCGUACCGGUAUCAGCAGUAUCGAUUUCUGCGACUGUCAACAUUGUCCCCACAGGGUCCACUGCUCCUACGCUGUCCGCUGUGGUUGCAUCCGGAAAUGUAGGUCCGCAGUUAACCUCCUCCGGAACACCCAAAGGGAAGAACAUAUUCGUCGCAUCCAACCAGAACAAACCGGUAACGGCCUCGGCAGUCCUGGCAGCCGCCACGGGAAAAUCCAUGACCGGAGGAAUGCCUGCUCGACCACCGGCAGCGAAGAAUCUUUUCUCCGGCAGCUCGGGGAAUGCCUCUCAAAUGUCACGGAUUAUCUCUUCCAACACUACUGCAGCCUCGUCGCUGGUAGGACUCGGCAAAGAUGGAAAGCGGAUGUCUUCUCUUCCGCCGAACAACCUUUCGACCAUGAAGACGUCCUCGUCCUACACACACAUGAUGCAAUCGUUGAAAAAUACCAUCAAGAGUUCGUCCGGUAACAUCGCAACCGGCGGCAAUGUUGGUGGUACAUUUGCAAAACUAGUCGCCGAUAGUACCGUAGGCUCGAAUACUACGCCAUCCAUCGCUGUUCAGAAUCAGAAGAAGCCAAUCAAUGCAGCACCAGGUUCCGCACUGAACCUAAAUCAAACAUCAACAUCUAGCGCUACCAGCAACAACACUUCCUCGUCGGUAUCGGCCAGUGUCCCAAGUACGAUUCGCCCACCGGUGCAAAUACUACAAUCUCCUGCCAAGGGACUGCCUGCACCGUUUGGAAGCUCAUCUAUCGUAUCCAGCAUCGCCAGCAGCAACUCUAGCAGUAGCGGUGUUCUAACCAGCAUUACCAGCAGUGCUUCUGUUUCCAUUGUAACGUCGAUGAGUCAGGCAGCUUCUUCAACGGCUGCGCCAUCUCAGCAUCUUCCUGCUCCAAUUCAACCUCCAACUAAGACAACUUCCAGUUUUAUUCCGGCAGUCGCUCCGCCAACUCCUGCCGUAAGCAGCAGCAGCAAUACCACCAAGAUUGCCCCGGUAGGAACGGGCUCCGGUCGAUCGAUCACUCCGAUCGGUCACCAACCAGCCCGUGCAAACAUCACCCCAUCUCCGUUGCUACACACGGCGUCGUCCGCAUCGCCGUCCUCCCAUUUGGACACGGUCAUUGUACCGAGCAAUAGCAGCAACAACCCAGCCUCCGCUAGUCCUAUCGGAAGUGGUCUGGCAACGGUGGUUUCCUCCUCAUCAACUACCACUUCAGCCAUUGCCCAGCUGCAAUCCAAAAUAAACAACAAUCUGCAUGCCAAUGCGCAGGCGCAUGAGUAUUCUCUAUUCAAUGACUCCUACGGCAGCAGCCAAUGGGGUACCAAUGCCAGCACGGGUGCUGGUAAUAACAGCAAUGGUGCUGGAACUGUCCACGGUCAACACCAGCAUCAUCACCAUCACCACCAUCACGCUGGUCACCAUCAUCCCGGUGGCCAUCAUGGCGGUAGUGUUGGUGUGUUGGACAGCGCCCCCGGUGGAAGUAAGACCAUCUACAGUCAUCCGCACGGUGCCGGUUCGUCCUUCAUGGAAAAUGAACCUCCCCUACAGGUUGACGCCUCGAAAGCUCCUGGUUACCGUGGAACAACCGUUUCAUCACCAGUUAGUUCCAAAGCCUCGAGCAAUUCAACGACACCGCCGUCUGGUUCGUCAUCUGUGUCACUUUCGCAGCAGCAGCAGCAGCAACAACAACAUCAAUCCCAGCAACAAUCACAUAUGCUUUCUGGUCCACCGACCAGCAGCAGUGGUUCAUCGCUUCAACAGCAGCAGCAGCAGCAGCAACAACAACAACAACAAGUUGCAUCAGCCCAACAGCAACAACAUCAGCAAUCUCAACAGGGACCUUACCCAAACGAGCAGAAUGUCAUAAAACCCCCGCAACCGCAGCAAACUCCUCCCAGUGGACUUGCAGUUCAGCGUCCCAUUCUGAACACCUCGUCUCAGAUUCGACCGAUCGGACCAGUCACUUCCGAUUAUGGUGGUCUGGUAAACUCGCGAGAUCAUCCCCCGCCGCUAGUGGGUAGCUCACGGCCACCGCCUUCGAUGUUCGAUGCUUUGCAGUCGCAAAAUCAGCACGUACUAAACUUCGGUCCGGAUCCCAUGCAAUCCUCCUAUCAAGGUCACAUGGGUCUUGGUGCAGGGGCGGGUGGUCUGCCACCACUUUCCCGUCUAAACCCAAAGGCAUCCGCGUUUUCAGCAAUUCCUCCCUCGCAAAACCAUCAACCUUCCGCUCCCGGAAGUAAGCUUUCAUCCUCGAAUCAAUUCGGAAAUAUGUUCCACCCGAACCCCCCGCCCGGUCCCAUCGGAAAGUACCAAAAUCUUCCGCCCAACGGUGGAGGACCUCAGCUACCUCCGUAUGGACCUGGUCGUGGCAACAACCAGUCUCACGGUCAGCAUGGACCGGCGCCUGGACCUCCGGGUCCACCGGGAAGUAACCGUAACGUAAGCGGUACCAAUUGGUUCUCCGAUCUGGCACAUCUGCAGUCCCGAGAUAACCUAAUGAACAUUGAAAACGGUAUUGCAAUGGCCCUGGGAGGAUCUCCCAACAUUUCGCCGAACAACAACCAACCGACUACGAAUGGCGGUGGACUUGUGGGUGGCCCACAAGGACUUCCGCCACCACCAGAUGAUGGUCGCAAGAUGGCACGAGCCAUAGGAUCCGAACGAGCCAGCUGGAAGUAUAACUACGGUUCUAGCGGCGGAAUGGGGGGCUUGGAUAACGAUCCAAGUGCCCUAGCAGCGGCAGCUGCUGCAGCCGCAGCCGCCGCUGCCGGAAGUGGUCACUGGAUGGUGGACAAGAACCUUGCUGCCAUGGGCGGAGGUGGAAGUGGCGCCGGAGGUGGACCGCAACAGUGGAUGGGUCCGCCGCCGAGACAUUAUAUGGAAGACCUGCACCUAGCGGAUCAUUUUCAGCCAUUGCAGAUGGAGUACCACAAUACCUUGGGUGGCAGUGGCGGUGGAAGCGGAGCUGGGCCGAACCAGCCCAAUAUGAAUUUUAUGCAAUCGCUCCAGUAUCAGUUCAUGCCGGGCGGACCGAACGACAUGAACGUUAACGAUGGACCAUUGCAGCAGCCAUGGGAACAUGAGAAGCAUGGUUGGCCUGCCAAGUGGAGUGGACAUUAGGAAGUGAAAUAAAAGAAAGAAAAAAAUCGUAAAUGUUCCGCGUUACUAAUUUUUGGAAGUCAUUUGUGGAGGAAAAGAACAAACAGUAAAACCAGCACAGUGCAGAGUAGAUACAGCUUUUGAUUUGAACGCCUCAAUAACAAAACACACACACACACACACAAACACUCACUCACACCCACAUAACAGACACAUAUAGAGUUUGCGUAGUGGAAAAUUAUACAAGCGAACGAACCGCUUCGAUUAGCGAUCCAAAAAACACUGCUUUGUUUAGUAGGAAAAGAAAGGCGGUUUAGAAAUGUUGGCAAAAACGGAAACAAAGAAAAUUGUUUUUCUUUUUUCAUCUUUGUAUACUAUUCAACAAUAUUAUGCCGUUGUUUAGUUAUGAUUAGUUACUUUUUUUUCUGGAGAAAUAUGUAUAAACAGUUUGUCGCAUAGAAGUUCUGUUUUUUUUUUGCGUUUGCGUUUGGUUCGUUACAGAAAAAGGAAAGCAUUGAAAGGAAUGGAACUUCUGGGCAAAGUUUUUUUUUUGUGGACGGUCUUAUUUAUACAUAAUUUUAUGUUCUUUUUUUUUUGUAUACACUCCACGUGGCUUUCGGGCGAAAGUAGAAGUUUAGUUAUAAAAAGUUACACUUUAUCUUCUCUGGGACUUUGAAAGCGACUAUAUUAUGGCGUAAAUAUAAAACUGAUUGAAAGCUUAUGAUGAUUUUUAGUUGUGAACUGUGGAAGGAAACCAGAAAGCAAUAAAAAGUAGAGCAACUCGAAGAAACCCAUUGGCUAUUUUAUUCCAUCGCUGCAGAAUCUGUUGGUUGAAAACUUUCCCAAACCUACCUACCCUACUCGCGCCAACUACUUUAAUAAAUCCGCUACACUCAGAUAAAACAAAAAAUUAUACACAUUGAUAUACCAACGGCUGAAAGCUAACGACAUGAAGAUAACCCCUUCUUACGAUAAACAAGGAAACAAAAUGUUACUCUAACACAAAAAUUAACGUAUUUCUAAUACAAAACACAACAAGUAUGAGCAAACAUAAAACAAAAAAAUCUACUUACAUCUACUCAAAUUCUACCCCAUCAUAACGAUGAACUAGGAAUGCUGACACAUUACGCAUAAGAAUAUCGAUGGAAUGGAACUUUCUUUGGCCUUGUGUUUAUUUCGAAUAAUUUCGUUCACAAUCCUCCUGCCUGUUGCAAACCAAGAAAAGCUAGAAUCGCGAAAUCUGUUUUUCAUUCUAACCAAUAAAAAAAAUACAAGCUGCUAAUCACAAAAAAAAAUGGUAAAACUAUGGAAUAACACGUUUAUGAAAAAAAACAUAUGGUAAACAAUGAUAACAAACAAAAAAAAAAUAUCUCGCCUAAAACAUUGGUGUGUGUACUCUUAGACAUUUUUCACUUUCUCCUACACAUAAACAUUAUUUGGUGACCGCGUCUGAGAGAACCGGAAACAGAAUUGAAGUGGCUGAACACAAAAACACAGAAUCCUUAUACGAAUUGGAACAGCGAUGACAAGAGGAAGAGGAGCAGGAGGCUUACGCGUUUUGGAGAAGUGAAUAUAACUAAACGAAAAAAAAAUAAGUACUAUUAUAACUUACUACUACUAAAAAAAACCAAUAGAAUGAUGAACAUUGGUAGUAACUAAAACACGCAAGCUGUUGGUAGUGGAUUAAAAUGGGCUUAGUAAAAUAAACUAAAAAAUAUAUACCGCAGAAACGCAAGAGAAGCAGCAGUAGAACAGCAGCCGCCGCAAAUGACGAAGUUGCAGUAAUGAUUCAAUACAACAAAACGCUAGAUUUUAUCCUUAUAACCAUUUUUCCUUUCGUGCGUAUCUUGUAGAGCUGACGAUGAUUAUUUUCCGACUACGUUUAACCUCCAGGUUGGGGUCUGUUAGGCAAAACGUAAAAAAAACAUGAUGAUGAUUCAAAUGCGAACGGUUCUUCUACUUGGGACCCCGGUCGGCAGGGCUGUAGCUAGUUCGAGCAGCGGACGGAUUCAAUUGGGCCUGAGUUCUUUUCCCGCUAUAUCGAACCGUGCGCAUUGCCAAUCGAAGGUUUGCCAAGCACAAGGAUACGUUCUCAAUCAAGAAGAAGAAGAAGAAAAUACGAUUCUUAUCGCCGUGCGAAAAAUUGAUUCCAACACGCGCAUGCAUUGAUUCGAAACAUAAAAUACCACUGAUUAUAGUCGUUAUCAAUGAAGAUAUAAAACAAGAAAAAAAAAUAUGCAUACAAAGCAGACAUGAUGAUGAUUUGAUUCAUGGAUUGAUACAGUAAAAAUAAAAAAAAAAAACUCGAUAGUUACAAUAAAAAAACAACAAGUAAUGAAAGUAUGAUAACAAUUGCAUUAGCGUAUGAUUAAAAAUAUAUAUGAUGAUGGAAAAAAAUGAUGACGAAAAAACAUUAAAAAAUGAUGCAAAAAGAAAAACAUUUACUGAUUAUUAACUAAUUAAUGAUUAUUAUUAUAUAUUAUUAUUAUUCUAUAAAUUAUAUAUUAUAUUUGGAAAGUAACCAUAUAAAAUGAAAGGAAAAAUAUAAGUAAUGACAGAACAAAAUAUCCCGCAAUGGAA